UCGGAAAAUAAUUCUCCGCCGUGAGUUACCACUGAUACGCCGCCGUGAAUGGAAGGAGUAGGUGCCAGAUUCGGCCGUUCAUCAACUAGGUACGGUCCGACCACUGUAUUCACCGGUCCGGUUCGGAGAUGGAAGAAGAAAUGGGUUCACGUCAGCUCCGGUAAAAACAAUCACCAAUCAGCCGCCGCUAACGGCGGAGUUAAUGGCAGUAAUGGCUCUCAUCUCGUGUUUUUGAAGUGGACUCCGAUUACUGCCAGCCAAAAUAACAACAACAAUAACAUUAGCGCCGAUAAGGAUGGCGAUUCCAAAAGCCCCGAUAAGGACGAUGACGUUCCGAUCGAGGAACCUCCCAAACGUAAAUUCAAGUAUAUUCCGGUUGCUCUGCUUGAAAAUCAAAAUAAUGAGACAUCAGACCAGGAUGAGGAUGAAGCUAAACCAAUGGUGGCUGAUGCAAAUACGGGGGAGCCAACAUCUCAAGCUGAUGAUUGUGAUGAAAAACCUGACAUCAAUGAUGUGCCGAUGGAAGAAAAUCAGGAUCCAGAGGAUAAACCUCCAGAACGACCAGAUUUAAAAGAAAACACAUUGGACUUGUCUGUGGGAUUCACGGGUCAUGAGGAAAACGAUGCUGACUCGAAAACCAUUCAGACAGAAGAGGAUAAAUUGGACAAAGUGAACUAGAGAUGGCAGCGGGGCGGGG